AUGCGCGUCACAUUCAAACUGUGUAUUGCGGCUCUGUUCGCCCUGCCCCUCGUUUCCGCUCAAGACAAUGACAGCGCCUCAAUCGCAUCCUUCGGUGCGGGCAAAGGCUGCCCCAAGAUCGCCCCCGGGCCGGUGAGCUUCAAUUAUCUGGCGGGGCAAUUCACCCCUCAAGCUCUUCCGGACCCAAUUGCGACGGAGUCUAUUCGUCAGACCCUGGCGCUCUACGCCCUUGCCAUCGAUGGCCGCAACUACGAAGUCCUGAGGAAGGUCUUUACUAAUAACGCCCGUGCCAAUUACUCUGAUCCCAUCGGUGAGUUGAAUGGUGUACAAGCCAUCAUUGAUACCCUGGCACCCAGUCUCAGCACCUUCGUGUCUACCCAGCAUCACCUCGGCACACAAUUGAUUCACAUCUGCGGUCUUACCAGCGCUGUGUCUGUCACGUACUUUCAGGCUACGCACUACUUCACCCCUUACACUGGCGUUGGGAACCCUGUGGACAAUAGCAAGGUCUUGAUUGAUAAGGCUCAGUAUCAGGAUACGUGGGCCAGACAGGGGGAUGGAAGCUGGAAGAUCACCAAUCGUAACUUGGUGCGAAUGGGUCCUGCUACAUUAGACGGUGGCUUUCCUACUUCGUAA